GACUUCAAGCCGGCUUCGGUGGACAGAGAGAAGGCGGCGGUGAUGGACGUGGAGGGCAACCACAAAGUGACGGUCACCGCACCCAACACUGAGGGCUCGGGAACGAGCGAAACGGUGUUCAAAGGGUCGCGAAAAGCGCACCAAAAAGAGUGUGUUUUAAUAAUAGAUCACAAAACAGGAGAAAUAACGUUAGAAAAGUUACACCAAAACAUUACAGUGAAGAGAACGCGGCAACAAAACCCGACGAAAGCACACAAGCAAUUGACUGUUAGGCCAAAUACGCCCAACGAUAGCAAGAAAUUAGUGCCACAAUUGCCUCAUUCGCAGCAAAAGCCAAACUCUCCGUUGACUACAAAUCGCCAAAAUUCGCCAAAUAAUGCAAACAAUAAGCAAAAAUCGUCUCCAAAUAAGGCCAAUCCUAACGGACAAACACACAGUCAAUCCCAGCGCAAGAGCCCAUCGAGUAAUCAGCCCAUCAGUCCCUCAAUGCCCACAUUGGAUACACUCCAUUCAAUGACCACUAAUGGACAACAACCGGCUCCGCCUAAUAACAAGCCUACGCCUAACAAACUUUCGGGUAAUACUGUCCUGAAUGUCCCGAAUUCGGGUUUUGCUCACAAUAUUAAUAAACGUGAUAUUAAUGAAGAGUUAGGUCUGUCCGACUCGAGUGAUUCCAGUGAUCACGAGUCGUCUUCGAGUUCUAGUGAUAGCAGUAGCGAAUCGAGUAGUGAUGAUGAAGAGGAGGACCGCAAACCAACACAUUCUACUAAUACAACCAAUACUACAGCCAAAACUACAACAAACAACACUAAUUCGAAACCUAACACCAAUGGUAACAAACCUAAAGCCACCGUAAAGUCAGACCAAUCUUCUAGUGAUGAUUCAGACGACUCAACACAUGCUUCCAAUACUUCCAAACACAACGGGAUUGGAGUCAAUGGAAACACACAACCAGUGUUGCCAUCGAUGCCUAAAUUCAGUCAAUUAAGCGAAGAUCUUCGGUUGAGUGAGUCUGGAAGUGAUAGCGACGACUAAAUACCUAAUUAUCUGUUAAAUAAAGUGUUUUUUUAAUGAUAUCCAUUUGUAUUAUAUUAUUACUUGAGAUU